CGCUACUUUUCGAGAACCACAGUCUGAGAGCGAGCGCGAAGAGGAAGUUCCAAUCGCCGCCAUGAAUCCAGCGAAUGCGACGGCGACCGAAGCCGGAGGCGGUGACGAGUACGAGGUGGGGAAGACGUACGAGGUAAAGCUGACGACUGGAAUCGAGUUCAAGGGGAUCGUCUUGGCAUACGACUCUGAUCCACACGUCAUCAUCUUCCAAGAGGGAACGAGUCGGGGAAAUUGUAAAUCGAUGACUACACGGACGGUGAACGCGAGUUUCAUAUCCAAGGCCAAUCUCAUUGGGAAGUGUAAAGAUCCGCUGGAUUCGAACAAGAAAAAGUGUUUCGUUGAUCUCAAUGGACUCUUAGAGAAAGAGGCAAUCGCUAUUAGGAAAAUCGAGAGCAUUGGUGUUGGCGUUACCGCAGAGGCGCAGAAGAUCUUCGACGCUUUGUCUAAGACGCUUCAUGUAAAGUGGGAAAACAAAGACAUGGUGAUAAUGGAAGAUGUGCGUAUUUGUAGCCCUUACCAUUCUGAUUUUGUCACUGGAGGAACUCGUGCUGCCAAUGAUCGUAUAAAGAAAGUGCUGAACAACGUGAGAGAGAAGCUGCAACUUAGUAGUGACACAUGAUGCAACUGAAGGAGGGUUCCAUUGAAAAACGACAAAGGGUAAAGCUGUUACUAUUCUGAAUAAGUGAAUGUAUUGCUUAUAAUGGUAGCAUAGAUCGAGUGUGGGUGAUGACAAGAACAUAGAGAGUGUUGGUGUUUUCUUGUGUAUAUAGCAAAAUAGAAUCCUCUGAACCAAAACAAAUUCAUGUUUAGAAGCAUAACUACUCGCUAAUGAAAAGGUCAACAUUUUACAUUUUA